AUGACACUUCGCAGUCACAUAGGUACUGUUUGAAUUUCUGGUUGAAGAUAUAAACCUUUGUUUAAGAUGCCUCGUUAAAGAGCUACACGCCUGCCUUUUGCUGUUUUCUUGCUAAAAAUAUAUAUACAUAUUUUUUUUUCUUUUUACACAGUAAUUAACAGAGAAUGGAUAAAUGUCUGGUUUUAUGUAUAGCCCGUCCUGGGACAGUACUUUUUGUACAGCUGUUGCGGUAAAGUUUGAGUUCAUUUUGCGGAAUUAACACUGCUUGUUCCUCUUUGGAAGUUCCUUUUUUUCUUCUUCUUCUUUUUUCCACAUGUGGUGAGAAUAUUUUUGUCUGCUGCCACUUUCACUGCAUGUGUGUGACUUCGAUCCAGCCGUGUUUUCUUCUUCUUCUUCUUCCUGACCAGCGUUUAAGCUAUUUUAAUAUUGUUUUGAAAGUUGACAAAAAAGCACGUUUUGGUUGUUUUCUUUCUUUCUUUUCCUCCACCGCCAUGAAAACUUGCAACAAAUCUCAGCAUCUCCUGAAGCUGAUUUACAUCACAUUAUUUCCAGUUCUUAAGGCACAAAACGUGGAAGUCUCACCUGAAGUGACUGGAUAUGUCAAGUCUGAUGUGACUUUGCAUUGUGCAUUAACCCAAGAACCGCAGUGCAAUAUUAGUCAAGUUCAGUGGGAUUUCCUGCAGCCAGAUGCAAACAAAACCACCAUUUUUGUUUAUAACAGCCAACACGGAGAAAGCGUUUCUGAAUCCCAUCUGAGGCACAGACUGGAGUUAAAAAAGCAAUCUUUGAUAAUUAAACAUGUAGAAAUGGCAGAUGCAGGCACGUACAUCUGCACCUUGUCCACCUUUCCCUGUGGUUCCCUUGAAGGAACCACCAAACUUCUUGUUCAUGAAGUGAAGCCGUUAUCAGCAGGGAUUGUUGUUGCAAUAGUCACCGCUGUCCUUCUGUUGUUAGCGAUCACGGCCGCCGUUGUUUACCUCAUCUACAUCAGAAGACGUGAGGCAGCUGUCAGGCUUCAUGUCCUCAUAGAUACAUCUGGUCCAGUGGCCGCUGCAACAAGGCCCUCUUUCAUUGUAAAAGAGAAGGAAGUGGUGUACUCUGACAUCAAGCCUAAAAAACCUGCAGAUGCUACUCGGUCCAGUAAGAAACACAGAGCCCCUGAACAGGCUGAUGAUGUCACAUAUGCCGAGGUCAUAGUUUUGCAACGGAAACCCAAAUGAUACCUACUGUAUAUAGUAUUUGCACUGUACUUAUUGACUGCAAAAUUUCCUUUCACCUUACAUUACUGUAUACAUGUUGAAUUUACUUAGUGGAAAAUUUGUGUUCACAUCUGAUCCUUAUCACCAGCACCUUUGCAUCUGCUCUGCACACCCCUGUGCACAGUCCUAUACUUGAGUUAAAAGCUAAAUUAGUGUGCCAAUAUGUAUAUAAUGUGGGGUUAUGCAGCCAUGUUUAAAAAAAGCUGAGGAAAGUCACCAUUGUCUGGGCAUUUUGUAACGGUCAAACAUUUGAAGAUGAUGGUGUUACUGGAUUAAAAACUGGAUAAUAGUUAUAAAUCCUUUAUAAAUGUGUGUAGCAAACUUUUAUUGAUUUAAUCUGUGCCUAAAUAUGACCAUGUCCAUUUAUUAGAUUGAAUGGAAAUUUUUUACCUCUGGUGUCUGCACAGGCAAACUGCAGAUCACUAAAGCUGAUUCCUCCUGGGACCUUGAAUUUUCUUCUAAUAAUAGUUUUUAUUUCACUCAAAAUCUCAGGUUUUAAGCCACUGGAGGUCAUCAACAUCUGUUUUAAAUGUCAUAGCAGCCCAAUAAUUAACCUGCAUUUCCAUCCGUGGCGUGAUUCUAGCACAGCUAAAACAAAUCGGCACACGAAGCAAUUACCUUUGGCACUAUUCAGUCAUUGAAAACAUUUCUAGUUUCACAGUCAGGUAUGAUAGCAGAAGAAGCCACAACCAGAAUGUCCAAGAAUGAUGCUGGUCCACACCAAAAAAAGUAGCAUUUCUUAACCUUCUUGGCUACAAAAACACUAUACUUCUACUUUGAAAAUACAAAAAAAUAAUAAUAUUAAAUAACAUGUCUAUGAAUUUACAUGCUUAGUAAUAGGAAAAUUACAUUGUGCCUUGAAUGCUUCUCUUUAAGCAAUUAAAAACAUUACUAUUUCAAAAUUUCUACAGUUCUUAUAUAAUAAUGGCAGUCCUAUAUUUUGGGCAAACAGACUAAAGUACUUUUCCUGUGAGACUUUCAUGUACAGUCAAUUGUUUCUGCAGACCUUUCUGCAUGUCACAAAGUGAACAUUAAAUUCCUGUUCUUUAAUUGCUAACCAUCAAAAGAGGAAGAUGGAAAGAAAAAGAAGUAAAAAGAAGAAAAUUGUACAAUCAGAGCAGAAGUAACUUGGCUUGUACAUAUAUAUAUAUAUAUAUAUAUAUAUAUAUAUAUAUAUAUAUAUAUAUAUACACAUAUAUGUCUGUCUGGGGCAACAGUGACAAGUAAAUUGGUCUGCAGCAACAUUAGAUUUAAAGGCAAAAGCUGAAUAAAUUCAGUCUCAGUCUUGCAAAAGUUUGCCUAGUUUUCUGUUCAUUUGACACAGCUGUGCUAAAAAUUUGCCCAAUGCCACAAUUCUGUCUGCAAGUGUUGAAGGCUGAAAGUGCCGUGAAAAAAUAUGGUUGCAAACCUGCAGUAAUGUUGGGUGACUAACAGUCACUGUCACCUACUGGUUUACAGCAGCAUCUCCUGACAGUGUGAUUCUGUGGGUGUGAUAUGUUGAGCCCGAGGCAACAGAUGUGAUAAUCCUCCGCACUCGCUGUGUACUUUCAGAACAUAUGAACACAAGUAACUCUUCUUUUUUUUUUUGUAUUUUCAUUUACUGUUGUUAAAUAAACACGCUCAUAGAUCUUG